AAAGUAUGUGGGGUGUUUGAAGAGCAACGUUGCUGGCAUAUUUGUUAUUGAGAAUCCAUCAAAUAUUUCUGUAAUCAAAUAAAUGCACGCUUCUUCUGGUUGUGAAGUCUCACACAAUAAACAGUCUCAAAAUUCAUCUGAUUCUUAUGGGAACAAAAAAACCUCAUCUACACAUACCACCAAUAAUUAUAAAAGUUCAUUCGAAAGAACUAAUCAUCCACCAAUAUCUCAGUCAGUUCCAUCUUGUUCAGACAUGAAUCCUGUAACAAGCCAGCUUCAACCGCAACAUUCACAGUACCGUUAUUCAGAUCCGUAUAGUUUCCUACGUCAGCCAGAGUCUAAUCCACGGACGCUUCCUAAUUCUGAUACUAUGAAUUGUGUCCCCUCAAUUUAUACAAGCCCAGAAUAUAAUUUAAACAGUCCAGACUUAUGCACACAGACCAGUCAUUUACAGUCUUAUUUACAUCGUGUAUCUUGUUGCUUGCCUCAAUGUCCACAAUGUCUUUCUUACAAUCUUUUCGCUCAAUCUUAUAAUUUUCCAAACAAUGGAACAGCUCUACAACCACCUUUAGUAUUGUCUCCAACUAUGUUGAAUAACUACUCAACUUCAGCACUGUGUUGUCCAUCAGCUUCUCAAAUACCAUAUUAUUUUUGGUAUAACCAGGAUCCUGAAUACCAGAAACAAUAUUAUCAAACUCAAUUAGCUAUGUCUAAGUUGAAUCUGGACCAUUCGUCUCCAAAUACAUGUAUGAUGGUACAAUCGGGACCAGAUCCUAUGCAUGGGUCUUUGCCAAAUCAAGCACAUCAAGCUGAGGCAAAUUAUUCUACAAACCCAAAUACUUUUGCUUCAGUAUCCUUAUCGGAAAAUCCUAAUACAAUUGUUCAUCCGCCUAGUAUAAUUAUGCCUAUGCCUCGGUCUGUCGCUAUUGCUACUUCUCCUACUACUACCAUGAAUAAUAGUAAUGUAUCGUCUAAAACAAAUGAUCCAUCUCUAAUCAACCAGUUCGAUUAUUCCAAUGCUUCAUCCUAUGCAAGUAGUAACAGUACACCGUUAAAUAAUCAAUUGAAUGGGUAUACAACACUUCCUAUGGAUGGUGUCUACGAUCCAACUAACAGUGCGUGGUAUCCUGGAUAUUGGAAUUCGAAUAAUCUAUGGGUGUCAACGGCAACUGGUCAAGGUGGUUAUUUAACAACACCAUUCAAUAAUAACAGAUUAUCUUUACCAAUUUCUUCAUUUUCACCCAACCCACAGUCGUUCAACACAGAUGAAUAUGCAGUUCUACAUCAACAAUAUGUAAAUACGAUAAAUAAUGAUUUCACUGGUGUUAUCAAUACUGGUAAUAAUCACCAUCGCCAUCAUCAUUCAACAGAUUUAAUAACAAAUUAUAAUCAGUCAAGAGAUAGGACGGUUGUUGUUAGUCAACAGUCACAACAAACACUUUUAGCUAAUAGUAAUAAUAACAACACUACUUCAUCUAUGCCAUCGCUAUCAUCAUCUUCAUCGAUAAUGCUCAAUGCAACAUCUUUAUCAUCAACACCAGUCAGUAAAUUAUUAUCAUCAUCAUCGUCAUCAUCAUCAAACCAAAAGGAAUAUCACACAUUAUCGUAUUACACUAAUCCGAAAUCAAAUGAUUCGUUAACAAAUUUACAAAAUAUUCAAUAUUGUUCUUAUCCUCUACCGUUUUAUAACACGAAUAACGUUGUCAAUAUGAUAAAUAGUAGUUAUAAUAACAAUCAUACUACUGCAUCUGUUAUCACUCAUAAUAAUACUAAUAGUAAUAUUAACAGUAGUAAUAAUAAUAGCAGUAAUAAUAGUAAUAAUAUGCGUUUAAUUUUAACAAUAUUAGCCAAUUCACGAGCAAAUACUACCGCUAUCGCUACUCCAAACAUUGUCCAUAGUCCUUAUCGUUAUAGUCCAGAUCGAAAUAGUUUAUUAUGUAAUCGUCAAAAGCUAUUAUCUGUCAAUCCCAUUUCGUGUAAUACAAACACUACUCGAUCUAUGUGUAAAGCGUUUUCACAAUCCGAGUUGGCACGUUUAAACUUGAAUGUUAAUCCAGUGAAUUUCGAUGCAUCACUAGUGCAUAGAGCUCGUUAUUUCAUUAUUAAAUCAGACUAUGUGUACAAUGUGCACCAAUCUAUAAAAUAUGGCGUUUGGUGCUCAACUCGUACUGGUAAUCAAUGUUUGGAUGAAGCGUAUCAAUCAGUACAUGGUUCUACCGUGACUAUAACAACAACAACGACCGCCACCACCACCUCUGCUAAAAACGUCAACAGUCGUAAUGAUGAUAAUAAUAAUAAUGAUAAUACUAACAUUAUCACUGAUGAAUCGAAAUUAGUUCAUAACAGUAAGCUACAAUCAGAUAGUAAUGAAGAAGUAACAGGAAUUACUUCUACUACUACUACUAAUAAUAAUAAUAAAUCCCGCCCAACUAACAAUCCUGUUCAAUGCCCAAAUGAUUCGCCUGCUGUUGUUACAACCGCACCCAUCUUGUCUGUUUGUUCUACCACGUGUACUAUCACCACUAAUACAAAUACACCCAAUAACAAUGUAAACUUCGAUACAGCUAACGUUUCAAGAACGAAAGUCAGUACAAACGAUCCAAUUAUACCAAUAACAACUAUUUCUUCAACCAUACCAACGGCAAAUAAUGGUCAGAACUCGACCAAAUCAAAAAGAAAUUCAACAUCUACAUUUAAUACUAACAUAAACUCUUCUCCUGGACAUAUUAUUCUAUUUUUUUCAGUUAGAGAAUCUGGAUAUCUAACUGGAGUUGCUGAAAUGAUCAGUCCGGUUAAUCCACAAAAGCGUUCUACAAUAUGGCAAGAUUUACGAUUUAGAGGAGAAUUCGCUGUGAGAUGGUUGUAUAUUAAACAUAUUCCGAAUCAUGUCAUUAAGCAUAUCUUAGUUGAAUGCUAUGACAAUCGUCCGGUUACAGUGUUACGUGAUACUAGUGAAAUUUUACCACCGUCUAAGGGGGAAGAAUUACUACGUAUUGUACAUGAAUAUGGAUUAUCUACAUCAUCAUCACUACCGAAUAUGUCAUCCUCAUUGUCAACAUCAUCAUCAUCUCAUUCUAUUGGAGGUGCUAAAUCAUCGACCAGCAAAAUUGGUAACAAUCAUAAUUUUUCAACCAAUACAAAUUUGACUAAUUCAAAUGGAUUAAAUAAUCAUAAGACUACUAAUACGAGUAGUACUUUCAUUGUUCCAUCAUCUACCAUCUUUAAUAAUAGCAAUAACACUACUAAUAAUAGUAAUAGUAAGAAUAUCGUCCCUUCAGUGAGUAUAUCUUCAACGAUUCCUGAGAAUUCACAAGUUACUACUAAUGUGUCGAAUAAACAUAAGAAUAAUUCUUCGUCUACAAUUAUAUAAAUUAUCAUAUGAUCCUCUCACUUAAUUUCUUCUAUUUCGUUAACUUCGGUGAUAUAUAUAAUAUAAAUAUGUACAGUUUUCUUUUUCUAAAUGAAGUCGUCAAUUAGAUAUGUGUCAUCUUCAAGUUUAUUCCCAGAAUAAAAUAAUCCUAUUCAUUUCUUGAGUAUCAACUUUUAUAUACUACUGAAAAAAAGCAGUUUCGUAUCUUUGAAUACCAUCUUCAAAUUGGACUAGUCCUCCUCGAAAAUCAUUACUUUGGUGAGACUAUUAAUCAUAAACAAACCAGUCAAAUUCAAGAUAUUGCCUCUUGGACUUUUGCCCAAAAUGCUUUUAUCCAUGUGACUACUAUGUCUUAUUGUAUUAGAGCUUAUUUAAUUUGGUGAUGAGAACUCUAACUCUUAUUUAUAACCCAAUUUUGAAACUAAUAAGUGAUUAAAGAGGAAGAAUGUAUUUGUAAAAUCUCAGCGAAAGAAUUUUGAAUUAAAUCCAACGUUUCGCCUGGCAAUCUGGUCCAAGCUAAUAAGUGAUUAAAAUUUCUUGAGAUCACUUAAGAAUCGUUGGAGAGUUGUCCAUCAACUACAGUCGUGUCGAAAGAUUUUUUUCCCUUUCAUAUUUCAUCAUAAUUACAUCAUAUUUAAAUAAUUCCAGCUCUUAAAAGUUACCAAUUUUUAUUGAUUUCUGAUUUAUUGAUUCAAAACAGCUACUUACCUACCAUAUAUUGAUUACUUUUUAUUUCUGGUACACAACAAAUUAUGAUUUAUCUAGAAUGCAGAUUUUAUGAAUGGUCAGUCUGUUUAAUAGUAUAUGUUAUUUUAGUUGCGAAAUGAACUCAUCAAAUUCAUAGACAGUUCAAGACCAAGGUCAUCAAUUGCGUCGUCCGUGUCAUAACCAUGGUAACAGAGGUCAUUCCAGUAGUCACCGAUUUGAAUGAACUUUACUAUUAUUAUUUGUUGGCAUGAUUACUUAAUAGUUUCGUGUGUAUGUGUUUAGUUAUUCUAUGAUUCAUUUAUUGUAUUUAAUGGUGUUAUAUGUGUUAUAGGAGCUAAUGAUGAUAGACAAUAACAAAACCACUGCAAUUAAACCAUCUAGCUCGUAGAAUACGUCACUAAAAGCAUCUACAUGAACUGCACAUUUUUUUCUUUCAUUUCAUCAUUUAGUGAAUUAUUAGGUGUUUUUUUCAUUAAACUGGAUAGACCUAUGAAAUUACAAUGUGUACUGUUGAAAAUACAGUGUUAUCAUUAAGACAGAUAGUAAAUUUAAGGAAAUAUUUCCUGGAAAUAAGCUUGGACCAGAUUACCAGGUGAAACGUUGUAUUUACUUCAGAUUCUUUCUCUGAGAUUUUACAAAUACAUUCUUCCUCUUUAAAGUCUCACAUCAACUCAGCACCCAAAUACUGUAAAACUAUUCGAUCAAAUUUAGACGAAAUUUCUUAGUAAACUAUUUAUUCAUCGUUCAUUACGUUUAUGAAAUCUCUUCUCCUUAGACUUCUGUGAUCACUUUUUAAAUUAAUCAAGUUCAUCACAAUUAGUUCAUUUUCGUUAAUAGAUCCUUCACGAUGAUGUUUAAUCCUGCAUGUGACAGUAUUCAAGUUUAUCUUAACAGAUAAAGUCAAAUAUUGACAGAGACUGGUUAUACUGUAUUGUAAAAGUUGAUUACAGAGAAAUGUAAACUCGUACAACUAGUGAAAACGAUAUAUAUUUUCCACACAAUAUAACAUAUAACAUACAAGCUAUUAUGACCUUUUGAUAGUUCACCUGAUAGCACUUCUCUAAUACACAUGGAACAACAGUUUAUUGUUAAAGAAUUCCAAAAUGCACCAGUUAUUUUUUGUCUUUUGAUGGGGAAAACCUUUGCUACGGAUUGAAGUUAUCUGUAGAAUGAUUAGGAGCUAUCAAACACUAGACUGAUUAGCUUGUUUUGUUCUAAUCUGGAGUUUUACUCAUGAUCUUGGACUGUAUCGAUUCUCAAGACUCUGCUUUUUGCUGAGACCAAGUUGCUCUUAGACCAUCAAACUUAUAAUCCAGCGGCCGUUCUUUAUUCCUUUGUGUCAGUCAGUUAAUCAUAAUCAAAGUAUACCCUCACACAAAUUCCCAUUGCCUUUAAUUUUCGUGCUACGUUCGCACAACGACAUUAAAUUACUAAGAUAUAUACCAAAGGAAUCGAAAUAAUGUAGUAGUAAUAACAAUGAGAGAAACUGGACAUUGAGAAUAUGAUACGAAAAGACAGAAUAAAGACGUAUACAUAAGUACUAGAAAUCAAGAUCUGAAGGAAACUAUGACAUGAAUAUACUUUAUCCACUGUGACGGAUUCUGAUUGUUAUUCCUCGGACUUCAGUUUGGCAGUCUCCAUCUACCAAGAUGACUCUGAUCAACGUUCAGUAACAUCACGGAAUGAUCCCAUGUUUUAGUCUCGGUGCUCCCCUUCCAACCUAGUUCUUUACUAGCGGAGAUCGUCCGCCGAAAUAGGCGGUUUACAAGCAUAUAUAAUACAUGUCCCAAUUACUUUAAUUUAUAACUCUAUCAGUUGAUUCUCCAUCCUGUCUUAGUGUCCUAUGCCUGAUUUGAAUACCGUCCUAUCAGAUGUUAAAGGCACGUAUGGUUGUAUCCUUGAAUUCCACUCAUGUUUUCUAUUUUCAUAAACCAUAGUUUAUAACCACAGGGUAUUACAAAGUGUAGUGCUCUGUAGUAUACUCAUCCAUAGGUUGGAAGACGGACAUUUCAAAAAUGACACAAGAGGCCGACCUAUCUUUCUGAAUCGAUGACGUUAUUUUGUCAGACACCACCGUUCGUUACUACUUCUGCUGUUGCUGAAUAACUAAAAAAACAUUCCCACGUAUGUCUUCAACCUACACUUUAUAUACGUGUUGAAGUAGGAAUCAAUACUAAAACGUAUCAUUAACAGAAUUAAUAGUCGGUCACAAAAUAAUCAGGUUGUUACCACAUUUAGUUUUAAUCAUUUUAAAUGUUUCCUAGUCGUUUUGUGGACAAUAUUUAAUAGGAUAAAUAGUUAACACUCAAAACUUACAUUUUUUUCAUCAUAUCACGUAGACAGAACUUCCCUUGAUAAUUUUUAAAUACCAAGGGCGGCACAAGAAAAUCGCUCCAUUAGUAGUAGGCACUCACUAACCCCUAUCAGGGAUAUAACAUCAAUACGUUUAAGUUUCACAGUGAUUAUCUCACUGAGUUGAUAUUCAAUGUUUCACAUUCCUUAAAUUUAUUCAUUUCACUGUACUAAACAACUAUCAUUCAUUUUCAUCAGCUAUAUCUAUCUCAUUACUGAUUUGUUUAGAAUCACUUUAAGGGUAUGGAUUAUCGACAGAACUUUAGGGAUUCUUUUAUGAUUCAUUAGUGAUCCAGUAUAUUAUUAUUAUUAACUCUUAUUCAUAAAACAUAUUUUAUUAUUAUUCUCUUUUGAUCUGAAUAAUUUGACAAAUAAUUCCUUUCUAUCAUAUGAUCCAAAUUCUAUUCUAAAUAAGUUACUUAUCACAUGGUAUAACAAGAAUCAUACAUUUCAUUCCAUAGAUAGAUGGCUUAUAAUUAUAUUGUCUGAUACUUUAAAUUGAAUAAUAAUGAAUCAUAAUAAGUUUAAGCUUUCAUCUUUAUUGUUACAAAUUCCACGCCUUUAUGAAAUGAUUAAAUAACUUCCAGUUGUACGUUUUCAACUUAUUACUACACAUAUGGUAUACAUGCUUGUUGCAUUUAAAAGAGAGAGAGCUAUUUGUCAAUAAUGUAUUUUCACAGAUUUAAAUCAUGAGUC